GAUAGUUGUCACUCGUAAGCGGCUCUUACUCUAGAUUUUGAGAAGAAUUAAAGCAGAAGUUAGUGUGCAUUUUGUAGUCCUGAAUAAGCAACAGCAAGUGUGCGUUCGGUGUGCGGUUAAUUGUGAAUGAAAACACGGCCGUCCCCGCACAACGUUUUUUUCUGCGUGUGCUGCUGCGUUUCGGGGGGAAAGGUGAUUUUCUCGCAAAACAAUAGUGCUUUUGUGUGUUCUGAAAAAAAAAAUAAGGGAAACCCUCCCGUUUUUUCUUCUGACAAGCAAGGUGUCGAUUGAAAAAAAGGUGUGAAGGACAACGGUGGUACCCUGGAAUCGGGUCAAACAAGUGCAUUUGUGUUGUUAAUUUUUAUGUGUUCUGUGCAUUCUGACGUACUUGAACCUGGCUUUGGACAGACAAGACCAACUGUGCGUACUAAUAAUAAUAAAAAUAGUAAUCAGUGUUAGAGGUAGCUGAUAGUCCUGGAAGAAUAUUCCAACCGGAUCCCGCUCGGAAUCGUGCAGGCGAAAUAUGAUUUGGGGCAAAUUACAAGCGAACAAUCGUAUUCCCAUCCAAGAUGUGCCGACUGAUACUGUUCAAGUGACGCGUUCGCAGCUGAUGGUCGUUGCUGCUUUGAAACCGGAAGUCGUCGAAUCGUACGAGCCUGGAUUUAGUGGUCAACGGGUACCGCAGCUGAUGAUAGUGCCGGAGGCCAGUCGGAAAAGUUCCAUCACCGAAUCGUACUACAAUCUGGACAAGGUUCUGUCGUGAAGUGACAGCCCGGUACCGGACCCGCUGGUCGUUCAGGACGGACGAACGAGAGUUCAGAAGUGUAAAAAGAAAGUUGCGAAGAAGGGGAGGAAUCGGAAAUCGGUCGGCUCGACGCCCCUCCGUAGAUGUGUACAAUAGAAAGCUAUCAGACGAUAUUAUUACGAGUAAAAGUGAUAAAGUAAAACUUGUUGAGAGUAAAAGUUGUUACGAGGCGAAAAAUUUCGAAGCACAGUGCGGAAACCUGUUGAAAAAGAGAGAAGAAGAAUCGUGAUCGAAGCUUGUGAAGCAAAGAGUCGAAAAGUUGCAACAAAAAGAGGUUGAUUAAUUGCGUUUGUUAUUUAUCCGUAUAUUUCUGUUUUCUGUUGACGUAACCGAAAAGUGUCAGUGCUAAGCCGCGCGCCCCCUUUUCUGUGUCAGUAUCUGUGUUUUUUUUUUCGAGUCAGUACGAGUGCGUGACCAAAGUUGACCCCAACUCACUUAUGAAAAAGUACUUCCUGAAUAAAAUGUCAACCGGUAAGCGCUUGGCAAAACGCUCCAUCAUCGGUACCCGGGUGUGUGCUCCGGGCGCCGAUGGUAUCUGGUACUCCGGGGUUAUCCAGGCGGUUAAGACCCCACCCUCGGCGAACCAGAAGGACAACACCAACUGUAUCAAUCUGACGCCAAACACUCGCUACUCGGUACGCUUCGAUAGCAAACAGGACAUCUCGCGCCGCGGUUUGGCCCGGGAAUUCCGCGAGAGUGAGCUGAUCGGGCCGGGCUUCAAGACCAUCAUGGACGUCCGGCUCAAACCGGGUCAGAAGGUGUUCCUCACCUACAAUGGCCGCGAGAGCGCCGGCGAGGUGCUACAGCAUGAUGAUCUGAAAGACGAGAUUACCGUUAGGAUCGUACCCGUUGGACAAGAGGCUCCGAUCGAACUGACCAAACGGCUGGAGGAGGUUCGCCUGUUGGAAUCGCGCCGUUCGCCCCGGCUCGCCGAUCAGGAAAAGGACACGGACUUUGCACGGCUGGCCGACAUGGCCGGCGAUCGUAGGCGACAAUCACACAGCAUCGAUGUGCCAUUCUCACUCACGCAACAAAAUGGAUCUCGUAAACGACGCCCGUCAUACUCACAGGACGAUCGGGAAUAUUACAGUAUUAACGACGACGACCCGAUGGAUGAAUGCAACGCGGCUCUAGUACUUAUGAGUCUGUCCUGCUCGCCGAAUUCAUCCGUCACGGGCUGGGAAACCGUACUGGGUUCCAGUUCCGGCAGCAGUACCACCUCGUGGAGCACCGGAUCGACCACGCCACCGCUCAGCGAGGAUGGACAUUCCACGCCACCAAACAACAGCGCCAGCGCCACCAGCAGCAGCGGUAUCAACAGCAAUGGUAGCAGUCCGGGCGAUAACAUCAACAACGGCAACAACAACAACAAUAACGAAACCACCGCUAACAUCACUGGAUCGGCAACGGAGACAACAACGGCGAUGGAGGCGAUGAUGGCUACCAGCAGCAAUAGCAAUAGCAGCAGCACCACCAUCACCACCACCAACACCACGACCACAAACGACAUUGUAAUUCGCGGACCCCGGACAACAUCGUUUUCCAACUCGGACGAAGGCAUCGGAAUGGACUACAGCGAGGAUAUGAAGAGAAAGCGAAGGGCGAGCCAACCAAUAUACAAAUGCACCUGGAAGGGUUGUGGAGUAAUCUACACAUCUUGUUCUGAGGUCACCGCUCACGUACGGAACGCACAUCUUGGCCCGGACGCGGCCAGCGACGACGAAGAUUUCUACUUCACCGAGAUCGAGGAUGAGAGUGACAGCGGCCAAUCCGCACCCCAUCCGCCAUCGCCACCGACUCUGAGCCACCGCGAUAUGGCUCGAUCACCGUACGAGGAUCCGGAGUACCAGCGACAGUUCGUUGGUAACUACCGGCAACAACAGCAGCAGCAGCAACAUCAUCAUCAGCUACAACAGCAUCACCAACAACAUCAGCAACACCACCAUCAACUGAAUGCUGCCAUCAAACCCCCACUGCCACUGCCAGGAGCCCCAGCAGCCGGCCUUCAGCAGCCGCUUCACCAUCAAGCCCUGAACAACAACAAUAACAACAGUAGCAGUAGUAACAACAACAACAAUAACAACAACAGCACUGUCAUCGGCCAGGGUAGCAGCAACAACGGCAGCAGCAGCAAUAGCAGUAGCAAUGGCAGCGGCGCCGUACACCCGCACAGUAACACCUCGCCGCUGAUACAUCACAACUACACCUGGUCGCAGGUUAGUCCGACCUCCCCCCAGAAGCACGUCCGCCUGUCGCCCCGCCCGUCGGCCUCCUACCCGUACCCAUCGCCAAACUACUCAAACCAAAUAGCUCAACAACAUCACUACCAGCAGCAGCAGCAGCAACAACAGCAUCUCGGCCAAAUUCAGCUCUCCCCGGGUGGUACAAACUACCACCACCAGUCGGCGAUGGCACUCUCAUCGGGUGGAAGCGGCGGCCAGGUGCAACCGCUCAACGGUUCCGGUACGUUCGUCGCACCCGGUACCAGCCCCGGUGCGGCCAGCAAUCGUUCGCCCCUGUCGCCGAACCGUCGGACGCGGGGCGAGAAUAAAAAGUGCCGCAAAGUUUACGGCAUGGAUCACAAGGAACAGUGGUGCACCCAGUGCAAGUGGAAGAAGGCUUGCAGCCGUUUCGGGGACUGAUCCAAGUCGCGCAAGCAUCCGCCGGCAUCAGCAACAGCAGCAGCGGCAACAUCACAGCAGGCGGUGACAGCUGCUACAGCAGCGCCCCUAGCGGUUGCGAGUUCAAACCAUCACCGUCACCAUCACCACCACCACCACCACCACAGCCACAAUCACCAACACCAACACAACAAUAGCAGCCAGCAGCAAUCAGUCUGAUGUGAGAGCAUGCGUGUACGGUAGUGAGAGUGCGUGGGCGACCAUCGGCGCAAGUGUUGUGCGUGUGUGAGUGUUUGUGAUUAGAGCGCGCGUGCACUGUACAUAUAACCGUGAUAUAUUUUAGCGAGAUACAAUUAUGUGGGAUUACUGAUGAGAAAACGAUUGCAACAAAAAAAAAUAAGUAAAACAGUGGAAAUCCAUUCGUAAAGAGAUAGUUUGUAGGUUCUAUUGAGUGUAAUAAUGUUCGUUAUUUAUAUUCUCAGCAAUCGUGUGUAAAGUCGCAGCCGAUACCAAUUGUACAGAUAGAGGAUUUAAACGGAGCAUGACAGAGGGAAAGCAAACUAAAAUGAGAGCAAACAUAGCGGUUCUAAUGGAACGUAAAUUAUUUUUAUACUGCUACAAAUCAAAGCAAGCAAACAAAACAAUAGCGCGUGACUCUAAACAAACUUUUUUGCACACUGUUAGUCUUUUUUUUUGUUUUUGAGCACUGAAAAUUAGGCUUACCCCACUAUACAAACCGGUUUGAGUCACCAAAUUGCAAACAAAAACAAAGUUCAAGCUUCAAGUUAAACUCUGUGAUUUUAAACUGUUGACCAUUUUUUUCAAGGAAAAAAUCGUACUACAAAAAAACAACCUAAGCAUCGCUGUUGUUUAAACUACUCUUUUUUGUUGAUUUUAACGUAAUGGACUAAAUGUUGUUCUCUAAUAAUCGAAUCGUUUUUAACAUACCUACACCAGCAAGUAAAUUACAACAACAACUACAACAAGAACAUCGUAAAAAAGGCAAACAACAAAAUCCGUGGAAAGAAAUUCGCAUAAACCAAAAAAGUGACAGUGUUUGACAGCUUUAAAACACAUAAUCUACAAACAAAACCUGCCAGAAUGGGAAAGUCGUCCCCUGUCCCGAUGGCACCACGUGUGAGUCGUUCGCGCCGUGCGCAAUACGGUACCGAACCGAACAAUGGAACGCAGUAACGGAAACAAUUGGCUUUUGAAUGAUUGUCUAUCUCUUUAUCGAAUUACUCGAAAGUUUAAAUGGAGCAUUGCAGCAGCAACAAGAAAAAAAAAUCGAAAAAAAACACAACCGUAAAUAAAUGCAACAAGACUUUUAAAGGCUGAUUUAGUUUUUAACGAACAAAACGAAGUAAAACAAAAAAUAACACGCGAAACCAUUCGUGGGUUACGAUUGUAACAAUUCCAAUGAAGAGAAAAGCAACCGUACUGACACACAAACCCCCCGUCAUAUCAGAGCUCAUAUACAGCUGCGACCAGCAGCUGUGACAUUCUCAACGUAAAUUUCGGAAAACGAAGCGAAUAUAGUUCCGAAGCCCUCUCAGAGGAGGCUCUGGUUGUCAAUGCAAAAGAAAAACAACAACGCGCGAACGCAAAUAAAAACUAUUGUGGUUAGUUUUUCCAUGUUUUUUUUGGUCUACACAGGCAGGACGAAACUGUUGUUUGAUUCUUCGUAGUUGACAGUACGGCGGCUGGUUGACGCCGGUUGUUUCAGGAAUACGAAAUUAGACAGCAUUUCGUCGCCUGAAGUCAUCAACGAAAAACGAAUGAAAUAAAAUGAAGUCACGCGGAAAAACAAAAAAACAUCAAAACACAGAUAGAAAUGUGACUAAAAGCGAAUAAAACCACUGCCAAUAAUGUUAAACAAAAUGAAAAAGAUGAAAAACAAAGAAACAUUUAAGUCGUUAAAAACAUACCGUAAUUAGUGUCGACUCCUGCUGUACGAGGCAUGUAUGUGUAAAACUUACUAUUUGACGUGUUUUCCAAACUGCAAUGAUCAAGCAAAGAAAAAGUCGUUAAACUGACUAAAAAAUUAAGAGAAGAGAAGAAAAUCCCCAAGAUAAGUCUAAUUUACGUAAUUUUAAGCGAAAAUACUAAAGCAAAAACAAAAACGCAAAGAACUAAGGAGUUGUUCGAGGGAAAGAACCCGCGCUAAAUGAAAACACUGGAAAAGCGACAACUGGUCCAAUUGUGAUAUUUCGCAGAGAAGCAAAAAAAAUGCCGUUUUUGUUUCUCUCGUUUAUGUUCUCAUAUUUUUAGUGGAUAAUUUUUACUUUAACCGUUUACCAUUUAAUUAUGGAUCUUAUUUUUGUUGUUAGCUAGCGCAUUAACCAGCAAACCAACAAUCAACGUGUGUGCGUGUUUUGUUUGAUCCGAUCACACGCAUGCACACAAAGCAAGAACAGACAAAUGGACGUGGUUUUCGGACGGGAGCGUUGCGUGGCUGUCAAAACAGUUAUAUUUUAGUAGAACCAAAGAUGGAGCUAGUAGCAUUCACACGCCUGCCAUCAGUGUUGCCAACGUUUGCGAAUCUUUUAACAUUUAGCAAAAUUUGCUUUAAUUUUACACGCCAACUGGACUGGUGAGGACUUUCGGUGUCCUCCUAACCUUGAAAAGACUGCCACUUUUAGUGAAGAUUUUGAAUCUUUUGAAACAAAGUCUACCCGAAUUUUGAUAGAUUGAUCUAAUUCUAAGCAUAUUUAUUUCCUAAGUCUAAGCUCGUUCGGAACUUAGCGUUCGGUGUCGAUGAGUCUAACAUUCUGAUGGUACUUUUUAGUCGUUUAGCUUGAAGCUUGGGUGAGAAUCGCGACGAUUGCAACCGCAACCACUGCAACCAUUUGUCUGCUGGCUAAUUUUUGUGACCUGUAACCCGAGAUUUCAUUUUAGGCACGAGGAGUGCGGUGCAAUAACGAAUCCCCGUGGGAGGUGCGGAAAGGACUUCAAGUGCAUUAUAGGGUACGGGUCUAGCAAAGGCUUUGAUCCCAGAGCUUCCAUUUUUUUUUUUUGGUGCAAUGAACGCGCGCUUCCUUCCUGCUCUUGGCUAUUCCUGAUGGGUUGGUAGUUGUUUUUGGAACGAUUCCCAUGAAUGAAACGAAAAGGGGUACUGUCUAAGCCAUUGAGGAUAAGUAUUGAUCUCAACAAACAAUGGUCGUUUGGUGACCCCUGGAAUACAAUUGUUUAGCGUAUCGUAUCCCAGUCUACGAGGUGCCGGUGGAAAUGUUUGACAGGAUUAGAUAAUUCAAAUGAAGAUAAAAAAAAGCCGAAAGUGUUACCGCAAGCGAACAGACGGAUAGACUCCGUCUACUCACUGGCGUCAUCUAUUGGUGUGUAGCUGAAACCUACUCCCAGACAGUUCAUUUUUUUGGCUUCAGGAUCGCUCUAGAUCUAACUAUGAUUUCGAAGUCAAUCAGUUGGAAGAUUUUGACUGCUAUGGUAAAUGAUGACCUCUGGCUGUAUCCAGGCGCAACAGAUAUAGGACGAGCUUAGCAAUUGAAGAAAACAAUGGAACAUAUUUUUCUUAAUUCCGACGAUUAUUAAGCCUUCCACAAAAAUGCUUCGAUGCCCUGCGUGGCAGCCUUGCGAUAAUUGCUCGGACCCUUAGCCAUGGCCGAUGAACUAAUCGAAGUCGGAAUGUUCUUCGGCUCUUUCGUGGCCUUGGCGAUUAGCUGCCUCUCCGUUUUGGCAACGAAAUUAUUGGAGUCAAUUCUCCGUUUGAGGCCGCUACUUGAAGACGUCCAGUCGCGACUUCUGCGAGAUUGUUUGCUGCUAAGACACGGCCCACCACGACUGACGCUUCCGCAAGAUAUUAUCCGUUUUGUCAAGGUACUUUUUUACCGUUUGCUCUGACCCCCGGUCCAAGGCGCAGAAUGAUGAGGCUCCCUUGUCUCUUCAGCUUCUGCUACAUUUUACGAACGCGUAGUACCGUCAGGCGGACAAGGCCUUUGUUAAACGAUUUCGUCUGUGUCCAGUAGAAUAGAAGUUGUAAAUGCCAAAUCGGCUAUAUCCGGCGGACACGAAAUACCUCACGAUGUCCAACUUCGUCGCUCCUGAAUGGAGCUGGAUAAACUAAACUUAGUCAUUGCCGAUGAAAAGAUGGAUGCCGGCAUGUUCUUCAGCUCUUUCGUGGCUUUGGCGAUUAGCUGGUUCUCCGUUUUGGCUAUGAAAUUAUAGGAGUGGAUCCUCGCUUUGAAGUUCGCUCAAAAUGUUUCUAUCGGACGCAGCUAGGAAACGUCCUGCAGUUUCUUCUGGAAGAUUAACUGAUGCUUAGACACGGCUGACGCUUCCGCAAAAUACUGUUCGUUUGGUCAAGGUACUUCUUUACCGUGUGCUCCAACCACUCGGACCAAGGACAACGAAAUAAUGAGGCCACUUUGCGCUCGUUUACGCUGCAUUUUACGGUCGCGUCGCUCCGUCGAACAGCUGGAGCCAGGUUUCCGUUCGACGCUCUCGUCUUUCUUCAGGAGGAUGCGAAUGCCGGAACGACUUUAUCCGGCAGACACGACAUCCAACUUACUCCGGAGCGAAGCUCACAGUACGAAUAAACCAACCCAGUUAUGGCUGAUGAAAAUAUAGAAGUCGGUAUAUUUUUCAGCUUUUUCGUGGCCUUGGUGAUAAGCUGCUUCUCCGUUAUGGCCACAAAAUUAUUGAAGGGGAUCCUCUGACUGAGGUUCGCUCAAAAUAUUUCUAUCGGCCGAAGCUGGGAGGCAGUCAGUCCCUACUUCUAACUGAUUGCCUGCUGCUCAGAAACGGCGACCACGACUGCAAAAUAAUAUCCGUUUUACCAGUGUAUUUCUUCACUGUUUACUCAGAACCCCCGGUUCAACGACGCGAAACGAUGAGACCACCUUGCCCUCGAUCUUAUUAUUCAGCUUCUGCUGCAAUUUACGGUCGCCUCGCUUCGUCGAACGGCCGAAACCAGACGUCCGUUCGACACUCUCGUCUUUCUCCAGAGGGGUAAAAGAAGUUGUAAAUGCCGGAACGGAUAUAUCCGACGGUAGACUUCCCAUGAACAUCGACAAGUUUGUGCCUGUGUACAAAAUUUCGUGCACGCGUUCAACCUCAAACAUGCUUCGUCUCGAUGUACAUGUUCGCCUCGAACGUCGAACUCAAACGAACGAUGUUCAAACACUAGUUCAAACAUCCGUGUGCGUAAACCGGGUGCGUACAUGAGAACGGUUCACACAAGGCAAAAAGAGUCCACGCUAAUGAUGAUGAAAGUGAGAAGGAGAAAAUUGGUACCAUGAACCUUUGUGUAGGAGAGGUGUAUGCACACCGUGUACGUACAUGCCGCUCACGAACAUGUGCACGUGUUUUGGCACGAAAUAGCGUGUUCGAAUUCGUACACAAAAUGUGCGUUUAAUAUGAUCACAGAAUCAGAGCGAAUAUUGUGUAUGAUGUUCAUUUGGGAAGACUGUCCGACGGACACGAAGUACUUCACGAUGUCCAACUUCGUCGCUCCGGUGUGGAACUGGCAGUACGAACAAACCAUCGAGCAUAGUUGCUUGACUAUUUUUGCAAAGGGUUGUUCCAAAUGAACUGAUAAUCCCGUCAUUUUUUUGUGCACACAACAGGGUUGCUACGAUUGGCGAUGCAUAGAUGGAUUUACCAUCAGGUGGCAGGAUAAACGCAUUGAAAAGUCACUAAAAUCAGUCCAUUUUAAUGCGUACGUUAGGUCGCCUCAAUCAGUUUAUUUCCCGGCAGCAGGAUGUCUUUUUACGGAAUUAUUUUAACGAAUUGAACUUUGAAGGGUUAUAAGCCAUUCAGAAAAAAGUAUAGUUCCCAACAGAUAAUGGUCCGCGACAGUCGAAUGUUCAGUGUUAUGAACCAGUCCGUAACGCAGAUGAAAAUGCUUGAUAGCUGAUGUAACUGGAACAAAACAGCUAGCUAUUUCCCAGUUAGGUCAGUUUCUGGCUGCCAAUUGAUUUUUAUUCAAAUCUAGAUCGAAAAAUAUCGAAACUGAUUUCGAUAUCGAACGGCCGGCUGCACACUGGCGUCACCUGUUGGUGUGUAGCCGAGACACACUUCCUGUCAGUUCAUGUUCCAACUUCCGGAUCGUUCUCAUUCAAAUCUAGGUCGGACCAAUUCGGAACGGAUUUCGAAUUCGAGCAGAUGGAACUAAUUAAGAAUUUGAAUAGAUUUCGUACUCGAACAUUGAUCACUGGCGUCACCUGUUGGUGUGUAGCUGAGUCUCAUUCCCUGUCAGUUCAUGCUCCAACUUCCACAUCAUUCUUUUUAAAUCUAGGGCAACCCAUUUCAAAAUUAAUUUCGAAAUUAAUUUCGAAUUCGAACAGAUGGAAAUGAUUUUAAUUUGAAUAGAUUUCCAAUUCGAACAUUGAUCACUGGCGUCACCUGUUGGUGUGUAGCUGAGACUCACUCCCUGUCAGUUCAUGUUCCAGUUUCCGAAUCGUUCUUACACAGAUAUAGAUUGAACCGUUUCGAAACUGAUUUCGAAUUCGAACAGAUGGAACUGAUUUCGAGUUCGUAUAGAUUUAUAUUACGAACAUUAAUCACUGGCGUCAAAUGUUGCUGUGUAGCUGAAACGCACUCCAGAUCAAAACAUUUGCGGCUCUUUGAAAACCUAAUCGAAAAAUUCCAAAAUUGGUUUCGAAGCCAAUAAACUGGCUAUUUUGGACGUAAAUCGACAUAAAUUGCAGCUCAACAUAUUUGAGUACUCGAAAAUUUUCGGCAUGACGACUGGAUUCUGGCCACCGUUCAGCCGGAUUUGUUUGUUGCAUUUAAGCCAGUCGAAAUUCAAAUUUAGUCAUUUCAAAGUCAGAGAUUUUACUCUUUGGGAAAUCUGUUCUACAGUCGUGUUUCGCUGGUUGGGCCACAGCCCUGUCCAACUAACGAAUUUGAUUCGCUAGUUGGACCGACUGACAAAUGUCAAAAAUUCUCCAAAGGAGAUGUUGGCAGUGUAAAUGCAUCUGUUCAUAUCUCUCAAUAUUGUCAGAUUGAUUGUCAAAGUAAAUUUGACACGAGAUUUUGACGUUCAGAUGCUUUUUAGUUGGACAAUGGUCCAACUAGCGGAGGUCCAACUAAAAAUCGGUCCAGUUAAAAAGUGUCCAACCAGCGAAUCACGACUGUAUUGCAACUGGAACUGUCCCAGUCAGUGGCUAUCGAAUGAACUUCGCUGAUGGCUGCCACAAAUCAAGUAAACAGCUGUCUUGAAUUUUGCGGAACCUCAAGCUCUUUAGAAAGAAUAUUGAUCUCAACAAACAAUAGCCAUUGGAUUGCCCGGACAGUUAAAUGCUCAGUGUGAUGCUGAUGAAAAUGCUUGAUGACCGAUGCAAAAGAGGAAACUGUUCCCAGUCUAGUCUAGAUCGAAAUAAAUCAAGACUGAAUUCUAAGUUGAUUCCUGUUGCUCACUGGCGUCACCUGUUGGUGUGUAGUUGAAACUCAUUUCCGACUUUCGUAUUGUUUUCGCUCAAUUUGGAUAAUCGUAAAAUUUCGAAGCUGAUUUCGAAUUUGAACAGGCUUCCGGAUCGUUUUUACUAAAAUAUAAUUUCUAAACUGAUUUCGAAAUCGAACAGUCGAAAGAUUUAGACUGACAGAGCAAUAAAUUUCGACUGUACACUAGCUCAAUAUAUUUGAAUGAAUGUUGCCACUUGAAUAAUUUCAAAAUAAUGACUGAAUUCUGGCUACGUUCAACAGACAGGAAGAGGUCCAAGCGAAUUCCUUUCCUUGUACAUAUUUGAGCCUAGAGUCUGAAGCUUGAAAGCAUUCGAAGUUCUAAUUCGAAUCUUGUCCGAAAACUGAAAUUCGACCUAUUAUUCUAAUUCUGCUGUUCCAGUCAGGGGUUGUCGUAUGAUUUCCAUGAAUCAAACAAAGACUAAUCUCAACAAAAAAGGGCAUUUAGGUUGCCCUAUACCCUCAGCAGUCAAAUUCUUAGCCUAAUGGUCCAUCCCAGUCUCCGUAAAACAGAUGAAAAGGCUUGAUGGCUAAUAAAACUGGUGCAAAACCGCAAGCUAUCUCCCAGUUAGUUACUUUUCCGGCAGCCAGAUGAUUUUUAUUCAAAUCUAGAUCGAAACAUUUCGAUACUGAUUUUAACAUAGAAUGGCCGAAUGAAUUCCGAUUGUCCACUAGCUUCACCUAUUCGUGUGUAGCCGAGACUCAUUCCCUGUUAGGUCAUUUUCCGAUUCACCCAUUAAAAAGUCCAAAACAUUAGUGCAAAAUCAUCCAAACCAGGUGCACUAAUGGUCGCCUGUUGAAUGAUCUGCUUGAUACUGGAUAGCAUUGAACCAACGAAGGACUUUCAUUAGACAACUUGGCACCAUCAUUUCUUAGUGGGCCGAGCCGCAUUCACUCAAAUCUAGUCUAGAUCGAAAAUUUUCGAAAUGCUUAUUCGAACAGACGGAUACAUUACUCACUGGCGUCACCUAUUAAUGUGUUGUGGAGACUCACUGCCUUUCAGUUCAUUGUGCGGUUUUCAUGUCGUUUAUAAUGAAGCUUAGAUCGAAAAAGUUCGAAACGGAUUUCGCAGUCGAUCAGUCGAAAGAUUAUGACGGAAAGAGAAAUAAAUUCCUGGAGUAUACUAGCUCCACAUUUUGGGAGUGUACAAGACACUCGAAUAAUUUCAUCACAAUGACUGGAUUGAAGCACAUUCGGUAUAGGGUAUAAUUCAGCCGGAACCGACUAUUGUUUUCGAGCCAGAGAUACGCUGAAAUUCUAGCUCGAAUUUAGUCAGACAAUAUUUUGACGCAACUGGAACCUAUUCCAGAUGGAUUUGAUCGCCUGGGUACUGUCCCAGUCAAUCCAUUUUCUGGCUCCCGGAAGAUUCUUAUUCAAAUCUGGUUCAAAACAUUUCGAAUUUGAUUUCAAAAUCAAACGACUACAUCAAUUACGGCAGCUCACUAGCGUCACCUCUUGGUGUAUAGCUAGAAUUUGAUUGCAUUUUGUCUAAACGGCUGGAUUUUUCACUCCAUUCCGACCGGAUAGGAUUGAUUCGGCGUGAUGUAACUACAAACGCACAUCGCAAAAAAAGUAAACAAACAAAUGAAACAAAAUGGCGAUUGUUUUCCAACUCAAAUUUGACAUUCGGCGACUAGAAAACUGAUACGGAUUGUAUCAAAUUUACGCCCUAAGCUGGAAUGCAGUGACCGUAUUUUGCUAAGGUUUUGUUCUGUCUUAUACACAGACAGAAUGCAAAACAAAACACAUUUCGUCAAUUGUCGUGUACCAACUAAAACAUCUUCGAUCCCCGGCCAUCCAAAGAGCAGGAAGCGCACUGUGAUAUGUUUAUUUGUUGAUUAUUUAACCUUUACAGUUGAUUCAAUUUUAAAGAAAAAAUAAAUUAUUUUCCGGAACAAUCCUUGGUUCAGAGACUCACAAUUACGCGAAGAAAAAAAAACGGAACUACGUAAUGACAGAAAAAAAGAAAGAAGAAAAAACAAAUGAUCUCCUUAUUGAACAAAGUAGUACACGCUUUUUCGUUACUUUUCACAGCCUACUGUGUGUUGUCGUAUCGUAAAUAGUUUGAUUAAUUGAGCAAGACCAUUCGCUGUUGCGUGGCGAACUUUAAACGAAAACCUGUUUCUCGCCACCUUGCAAGUGACAUUUGAAUAAUAAAGAAGGCAAUAAAUUUCAGAGUUAGAAGAAAAAAAACAACCUAAUUUCUCUAAAAGUAACUAGCGAAAAUCAACCAGAACUGUCCCUUGAAACUUAAAACCAAAAUUGACUGAACUUAAAUUGUUACCAAAAUUGAGAUAAUCAAGAAAAACAAAACGUAAACUUGCUAGUGGGAGACAAAUAAAGAGAAAGUGAAGAAACAAACUCUUUAUAAGCAAAACAAAAACAAAAGACAACUAUGUACGGAAGCAAUCGAUCGAUAUUGGCAUAUACUCGCAUGAGCAAAUAAUGAAAUCCACACACACCCACUCACCAACACGUACAUACGAAACGACAAUCGUGAGAAUAACGGAAGCAAAUGCAUCGCUGUGCGAAAACCAAAAACAAAACAAUAAAAUAAAAUCGAUCGGUCUUGUUUUUUUUGUUUUUCUUGACGUAUAGUUUCGGGCAAAUUAAAAUACAAUUGAAAACAAGAAAAAAUCAUUUUAAGGUUAGUUCGAUCUCGCCAACGUAAUUGGAAGAAACAAAAACUUCACACAUACACACACAAGACACAUAUGCGGAUACGAGCGCAAAAAAGAAGAAGAAAAACUCCGCGCGAAACGAGCAACAAAAUUAACACGAAAAGAAAAAUACUACAAAAUAAAAGACUAAAUUUUUUGCCUCUUUAUAUGUACAAACGUAAUUAAAACUUGUAUUUGGGUGAACUUUGUGGGUAGAAAUCAACUUUACGUAUCGUAAAACUUUUGCAAGUUUUUUGCAUCCUUAGGCAGUAUCGCGAACAGUGGCGCGAGCAAACUCCCCCCCCAUCCUUAACGACUAAACGAUGAAAAUCUAAAGAAGCAAAAACGCGGAUCGUGUAAUUAAGCUGUAAGUGUUUGUUUUUUCGUUUCACUUUUUAAUAAUAUAAACAAAAAGUUGGACAACCAGCAAGCAAAAACAAAACAAAUAUGCUCUUCUUCUUCUUGUUACGCUUUCGAAGAAAAUAAAACAAAAACUAACAAACAUGCUUAUAUGCAGAGACAGGAAACGAAAAAAAACCAUUGUGCGCAACACCAAUGCGAUAGUUGUAAGUGAGUGCUAGUGUGUUGGAUGAAACGACAACAACAACAACAACAAAAAUCGUAAGGUAACAGAUCGCGAAAAAGAAACAAACACACACACAGCCACACUCUUACGGCAGAUACUGCUGCUAAACUAUUCGAUACGAUCGAUAUAUCCCUCCACUCCAGUCAGUCAGUCAGUCAGAAGAAGUGUUAGAAAUAUCCAAUCCUCGCUCUGCUAUACUGUUACGAUACCUACACUACCACACACUCCAAUCUACAUAAAAUAGUGUAUAAAUGAAAGAAAAAAAAACAUUUGACAUUCAUUGUGGCGGCGGUUGGUUACGGAUGAAAGGGUAUACGUAUGCGCGUGCACACACGUGUCUGUUGAACAGGGCUGAGUUGUUAUUUAACUGUUUGUUCGGAAUACGCACACAAACUCGAUUGUUAUGCGAAAGGGAACUUUACCACGGUGACCGUUUUUUUCUGGGUUUGAUGGGCACCUUUUUAACUGCACAUGCCAAUAUUUAUGCCGUAAAUCAUUUGGCGAUAUUUUUAACUUUCAGUUAUAAUUUGACAGUUCGAAAGUUAUUUUCUUUCGAAUGGUAAAAUUUAACCGAGAGGCCCAUUUCAAGUGUUGACAUUUGGGUAGUUGUUUAGAAUUGACAGCUACGAAAACCAUAAGUUGUUAAAGGUGUGAACAUUUAUCGAUAUUUUAAUAUUUGUUUUUUUCGCUACUACAUAAAGUAUGACAAUCGCAGUUUCGAAGCAAAAACGUCAACAUCAUGAAAUAACCCAAACAAAUCUUGACACAAAAUGUUUUCGAUUUAAUCUGUCUCACUUCAUUCUCCAUUGUAAACUAUUGACGACCUCAAGUCAGUGCAUAAACUGCUCCCAAAUUUAUUGGCAAACAGUUUAACUAACAAGCUGUCACAUUAGUAACGUCGAUAAACUAAGAGAAUUAACGAAAACAAUUUCGUUAAUGGCACAGAAAACAGAUUUCAAGCUUUUUUUUUCAACAAAUCUGUGUAGGUAAUAUUUCAAAGGUUUUCUUCCAUUCAAUUCCACUAUGUUUAAACCUUUGAAAUAUUACGUACAUUCCACUAAGUCCUCCGUUCGCGUAUAUAUUCUGUAUAGGCAAAUAUUCAAUUAAAAAUAUUGUAUUUUGCUUGAAUUUGGAUUUUUGAUGCACGUUUGCCAAAGGAAAUGAUAUAAAAUCGACAUAAAAAUUAACUUUUUCAAUCAAAUAUGUUAUAAAAACCGCGAGAUUGGCAACCAUGCUAACCUACCAGAUAGUAAAAGUAAGAAGAAAUCUGUUUUUGGCACCUUUCAGUGUCAAAAAUCUGUCCGAUCAAAUGAGUUGCACUUUUGAUCACACUUUUGCUUAAUCACACUUUCAUGCUGUGCAGUUCGAUUCGGUGUGAACUGUGCAAUAAAUUACAAACCACAAUCACACGAAAAUUCGCAUGCGUGAAAUACUAUUGUACUCAAGUUUGCAUACAAGGUCCAUAAAUGAGGGGAUAGAGCACUAGUGAAAAUUGCCGACCUUGAACAGUAACUCCCUUGCAGAUGAGAGUUUAGGACCGUGCAAAAAAGGUUACGUUAGUGUGCUGGCAAAUUUUACGGAGCGAUAUUUUUGGAGGAAUUUUCCCAUAGUAUAAUGUCUGUUUGUCUAUGGUUGCGGUUAAGUACAAGCUGGCUGUUUCAGUUCGAAGGGAGUUGAUAAAAAUUAUAGAGAGUUUCGUGGCUAAAAAGGACUUAUGCCAUUCAUUUUCACUUACCUUUUUAGUAGGUGGUACAGGUGGCUUAUAUCCGGACUGAUCGGUCUAGGCUUGAGCGCUUUUGUUUGUACCGUGCUUCGGCGAAAGACAACUAAUUGGAAGUCCUAUUCGUCUUCAAACUCUGAAAUAAACGAAAAAAUAGGUAAGUGGGAUCCCGGUUUUUGCCUGCAACUCUUACCAGAGGCAUCCAAGCGCUGAAACAAUUUUUAGUCCACCAAACAACUGUCAUGGCAACCAUUUUUUCUUUCGCCUCCCUCACGAAACACGCUUACGGUACGUGGUGGUCCUAACCUCUAUGAGGCUGGGGAUACCGAUUUUACCAAUCUUCACGACCAUUUAUUGUCAAUCGUAAUACCUAUGGAACAAGAAAAAAGAUGUGAAUGUAUUGUUGGGACUUUGCAGGAUCGAAAUAAUGCCCGGCACCCCCUGGCAGAAAACGACUAGAGAUCCGUAACGUAUUCGUCGUUCUCAAAAUCUAACACAGCUUUCCAAAAAAAAAAAUCCCAUGUUUAAGGAAAGCUGUGUUAGAUGUUGAGAACGACGAAUACGUUGCGGAUCCCUAGUUUAUUUUGUCACUAUUACUUACGGGCAAUCUAAUGUCGAUUUGAAAAAAAAACACUAAGCACUUCAUUUCGUGCAGAUGCUCUUUCCGAUAGACUUUUCUAGUUGUCACAUUUUUUCGCAUAUUUUCGCGACGCACACGGUUACUACGAUCUCUCCUUGAAGUUAUAGCGGACACCAGAUAUUGAGCAUUGAAUAAUGACACCAUGAAGAAAAAUAAUGACAGUACUUCAAGCUAGUUUUCAAGGUGUUGAAAAUAAUUUAAAAGCGAUUUGAACCCAGUGUUUUGUACUGCGAUGGAAUCAAAAAAAUUCCAAUUCCUUGAACUGUGAAAAAUGAGCAUGAACAGAAAACAAGCGUUGUUUGAACAGAUUCGAGGUAAUUGCAAUUAUCUGAAAUAUAUGUCAAUAUUAAACGCGUACGUAUGUCGUAUGCUACUCGGACUCCAGGUCCCACAAAAUAUAGAUGGAAUUAAACCUGGAUGGAUAGGAAAAUUCUAUGAAUUAAAGGUUCAUAGCCAAACAACUGUCAUGGCGACCAUUUUUUUCACUCGCGCAACACGCUUACGAUACGCAAUGAGAGGCGUGAGAUCUCCAUUUUACCAAAGUUCGCGGCCACUUUUUUAUCGCCAAUAGACAUUUUGAACUAGAAAACUUAUGUGAGUGAAUCACUACCGAGUGCCGUGAAGGGUUUCCACUAUUUUGAACUUUGCCGGACUCGAUUAGUGAUUUUGUCACUAAAUUGCUAACCGUACAAGACCUACCUGCUUGCCGGUUCCAAAUACAGAAUUUCUCCGAUAACAGCACAAUCAACUAUCCAGCCUUGAUAACAGAAAACACCACAAUUUUAAAACUUUAUUCAAUUACGGAAAUCGUUUGCUGGAAGCUUUGUGGCCAACACUACGUUACGUAAUCACAGCGUGAUAUCCCCCGGUAGAAAACGGUUAGCUGUUCGUCACGCAUCCGUUUUUCUCCACACCUAAACACUGUUUUCCUUAACAUUGAACUUUUCCACAUGGUUCGUCCCCAAUGGUCACCAAUAAUCUAAUGUAUGGUCGGGGUUAUUUCUUUGAAAAAUUUACUAAGAACUUUUCUUCGUUCAGAUUUUACUUCCGAUCAAGACCUUUCAAGACACUUUUCUAGCCAUCACUUUUUUAUUUCACGCUUCGCAACGCCUGUGGUUACUACGAUCUUGCAAAAAAGUGAUAGGGAAUACCAGUUGUAUAGAACAUUGCAUGAUGACGCCAAAUACAAAUUUGUAUUUGAUGACGCCAUCAAAGCAAAUAAUAACAAUCCAGCGAAUUUGUUUUCAAAGUCAUAGAAUUUAAAAUCGACCAGAUUUUUGUGCUGUGGUGGAAUCAAAAAAAUUCAAUUUCUUUGAACUGUAAAAAUGAGCUUAAGCUUUUUCCUGCAUAUUGAAACUGGCAUUCAGAUUCUUUAUAGUUGAACAAUGGUCCAAGUCAAGACGGAUUCUCUCCAGCUUGGGUCCAAGUGGCAGAGGUCCAACCGCAAAGCGAUCCAAGUACAAUUGAGACCUCUGGAAUAUCGCUAAAAUCGCGAUUUAUCCCGCGAUUUAGAUUAGUCAUUAGUCACUUCACGUGCAGGCGAAUUCCUUCUGAAUGGAGAGUCAGCAUGGUUCCAGUCAUUCCAGCCGGAUUCGGAGUUUGGUAUGGUUUCCACAAGAUUUUCGGUUCAAAAACAAACAAGUUCUUCCGACUUGCAAUCCAGUCGGAAUUUCAAAUCAAACUCCGGUUAAUAUUGAUCAAGAAAGAGUAAACACACUGCCUCCGUGUCAGGGUUUUCCCUGUUAAAAUCAUCCGCGGUUUGGAAUUCUGGCUGAUUUUCGCCGAAAUUCUGACCCAAAUAACACAACCGAUUGCGAGUUCGCGUCGGUUGUCAUUGGAGCCGGUAUUCCGGUUGGCUUUACUGGGUGGGAUUCAUCGACGGUUUAUAAACGAAAUAAAAGAGACCCGGUGAGGAAAACCUGCUGUCAGAAAUGUAACAAAAUAGGUUUAUCCAGCUGCGCUAGGGUUGAGCCGUUUCCAUUUUGGAGGAAGCCAGAAUGUCAUUCAAUUACCGAACAAUUCUUCGGAUUUAAACACUCGCAAUUCUUGCUACACCGCAAUCAGCGAUGGUUUCAAGCUGAUGUUAGAUAUCUGUAUUCCUGAAUUGAGCGAAAGACACAAAAUAUUUUGAAAUCGUCUGCGCAGAACCAGCGAGGCGUUUUCAGAACUAAAUACAGCUCAUUGAAGUAAAGCAGAAACAUAAACGGUCUCAAGUAGCUGCCAUGAGCUAUUCCUGGCGUAGAAGUAAAUCUGGAUGCCUGGCAAUAUCCUUCGAGAAUCGUUGUUCCUCGAUCUGUGAUUUCGAAUCAUUUAAAAAAAAACUAUUUCAAAUCGCUCCAUGUUUGCGCCUGUUAUAUCGAGGUUCAACAUGAGGCAGAGAGGUCAGUAUAAAUAGAAUUUGUUUGAGUGCGACGUCAUAUAUUCCCUAUUAUUUAGUAUGCUGGGAAAAACUACUUAUCAAAACGACUGGCAACUCUGACUAACAGCUGGAGAGAGCGACGGCGACAUCUCUUCCGAGUAAAGGUAGUACUUUUCAUAGUGUUGCACACAUACUUAUAUUUAAGUGGAGUUUCCUACCCUCAUACAGUGGAGGCGCUGUAACUUCUGUCGCGUCUCUUUUGAAUGGGGGAAGGAAAAGAUGUCAGUCUUAUUGAUAUGGAACAUUACAAACUGACAUCUGAGCAAAAAUGCUCGAAAAAAUGACAGCUCAACGAGCUCGUUUGCGUGCUGUUAGAAUUAAAAGGCAAUUCGAACCAAGUUUCUUGUACUGGGUAGAAAUGAAGAUUUUCUAGGUCAAUUGUCAGAAAAGUGAGGUUAUACAUUUUCAUGCAAUGUUUUAUGGUGUGUUUCCAUAAUCACAAACUCGAGACAGCGAUAAGUAAAGCUAUUCAUCGAUAGUUAUUGAUAUCUCCCUAUUAAUUUUGUAAGGAUUGUAUUACCCUUUUCAUGGACUGUAAAUAUGUUCGCGAAUUUCCAGCAAGAUGGAAAAAUGACACAGUCUGAAAUUGCUUGAAAGAUGCGAAGAAGCGGAGUCGCCAAAAUGCCGAAAAGAAUUAAAUUUGACAUUGAAGUCAAACAAAGAGAAACAUGGAAUUCUGACAGAGAAAUUUUGAAAAUUUUGACAGCUGCCAAAACUUUGACGGAUAUCUGCCGGCUACCAGAUUUUCUUCCAGGUGGACACAAACAGAAUUUUAAAUGCAGAAUUUCUCGAUUUGAGGUUUGCAUGAAAUUUUCUACCAUCCGAAUAAACAAAAAAUCUUUCACCGGAAAUGCCAAAGUACCGAUUGUAUGCCACAUACAAUUGCGAAGAACUUCGCUUGUGUGCAGUAUCUACCAAGCGAACGGGAUUGCGCAAAUCUCAUUUGACAACAGUAGCUAGACCAGCACAGGCUCGGCCCUGAAACAAAGAACCGAAAAUGUACAAAAACUACACAUUCAUGAUUUUAUUGCUUCGUAUGAAAUCUGUCGCUUUAUUUAUUUUAUUCCUGGUGAUUGAAGAUGGAAUGUUUUGACAGCGGUUUGUUAAAGUAAAGUGGUAAAAGUUUCGUAUCGUUACGUACAGCAAUAAAUUUUAUCCCGAUACCCAGUAAGUCCAACUGGAAAAUUAACUGGAAUAGUAAACUCCAUGAUUAUGGAGAAGGGGCCGCAAUCUCAGGUCCUGUGGUAACUGACUCUUUCACCCUCUAGAGGUUUUCACUUGAUUGCCGUCGGAAGUGUUCGCUGAUAGGAUAUUGCAGUAUGUCAGUAUAGGAUGUGCAGAUGUCAAAAACUGGUCAAAGCAAAUGUUAGUUUAGGGUAAAUUCAUCUGUUUACAUCUCUAACGGUUGUCAGUCUGAUCGGUAUGAUUGUCGAAGUGAUUUUGGCAUAUAGCUUUUUAUUUGGACAAUGGUUCAACCAGCAUCGUUUCCAAUUGUGUCUAGGUCAAACUAAAAAGCUGUCUAGGUAGAAAAUGUCCAACCCAGGGCCGGCGGAUAGGGUGGGUAGUAUGGGUAGUACUACCUACUCGAAAAUAACCGAGUGGGUAAUUACCCACUCGAAAUUUUGACAUUUUCAUAAAUUUGAAAUCUGCCACGUAUGUAUCUCGGGCACACAUUUGAAAAUGUCGAUGCACAACAACUUCAUUUACACAAACACACUGCAAGUGAUUUACUGUAAAUGUAAUGCAAGCGUGUGUAUUGCGAAAAUGAGACAAAUCCCUAUUCUAUUACCCUCACCCUAUGCUUACUACCCACUCGUGCUAAAAGUGUAACGCCGGCCCUGGUCCAACCAGCGAAGUACGCUUCCGAUGAUGUUCUAUUAAAAGUUUGAACGAUCAGGAGAAUUGGCAACCAUUGGCAGAAAGAGAUUUGUAUAUAUAGAAUGUUUCAAAACUAAAAAAUGUUCGAAAGCCCAAUUUGCAAGUUGCCGAGUGACUUUUUUUUACAGGGCGGCCAAAUGCGUCUUCAAAAAAUUUGGAGCUUCCGUACCCAACAGACAUAUAAAUGCUGGCUGUCUUGUGCUGAUGAUUUAGUGAGGAUGCUGUUUCCCACUACUGAAUUCUACUGAUAUAUGUGGUUUAUUGAUAGCUAGUCUAUGGCUUUUAGCUUAAGAGGUGGGCAAUGCUCCCUAGUUGUUGGCGAAAUACCACUAUAUUGUUUACUCGCACCAAACGAUCCCGGAUGUUACCGAGAUGAGUUUUACUGGGAACACAUGUCAAGCCUGCUUCGUUCUACUCGGUGAUUUGUUGUUGUGGCCAGCGUAGCCAAUGUUCUAGAUUUAUCUGGAAUCCUCUAGAUUUUUCCCAACUGAUCAGACAUUUUUUCUAGCCAGAUUUUUUAAGCUUUGCCAGAUUUUUCCAAAUAUUCUGAAUUCUAGGUUACACCCCAGAGGGAAUGUAGCCAUUAUGUCAGAUUUAUCUGGCACAGCCAGAAAGACAAACCUCUCAUUCUACCAGAUUUAUUAAAAUUAUAGAGAUUGUUACACACAAAUUUUGGAAAUCUGGAUCAUAUUUUCCCAAACAAAAAUCGAUUAUUGUUGCAUUGUUGCAAUGCAAAAUUACGAUGACUUUGAGGCCAAGUGACAGAUUUUGCCAGACAUUUUUAUUUGAACUGCAAGAUUUUCUUUGAAAAAUAGUGGCAACCCUGGUUGUGGCGACCAUCGGAUCAGUUCAACUAAUAUUCCACAGCAAGAAUGGUCGGUGUUUCGGCUGAUUUUACUUUAGUCGGAGAGAUGAGAGGGCUCCUUCUCGCGGUAUACCAAAAACUCAAUACGAGGAACUGGACUCUAUUGUCGUUGUACCAUUGUAGCACGUUCUGGUUGCAAUGACAGCUGGCUAGAUCUAGUCAAAAUGAAACUGAGCUGGACCACGAUCUCUUUGAAGGGAAAAAUACAAGACAUUCGUUCUGAAUUCUUGGUUUAUUUCGCCACAAAAGUUUUGCCUAAUCACAAUCUUUUUCGCCAAUUAUCAGCAAAAACAAACUUGAAUCUAAUGAUGAAGCUUACACGAGCAAGAGCCUUGUAGAGUUUGAGCCUGUUUGAAAUCGGAUUUCUAAUUGUAUUCAUCUACGAUCAAGACACAUUCAGCAAGCCCCUUGGGUCCUGGUUCUAGCCAUCGUUUGUUUGGCUUCGGUUGAUAUGUUUACUCACUCGGUAACAUUUAGUAUGGUACAGCGGUUACCAGUAAAUUUUUUCCUCUAAAUCAUAUAAUCCAAGAUGUUUAGCUUUGAUUCUCCGUGUGACCUUCUACCACAGUUCACAAUACCGGUUCUACUCCCAGCACGAUUGGUUUGAACUUAGCGGAUAGUUGUAACAGUUUCCGCUUUCACUAAUGUGGUUUUUGUUUGAGGCGAAACUGAGUCAGUUCCUAACCCCAACUGCUGUCAAAAUGUAUGAACUGACAGUGGUUGGGGUUAGGAACUGACUCAGUUUCAGAUUCAAGCGAAAUCGCCAUAAAGGAUUGAAAUAUUUCGAAGCUAAAGCCAAGCGAAAAUUUCGGCUGACACUACACUAGCUCCAUCUGCUGAGGUGUAGCUGGAACCCGAUUAUAUCUCGUCAGAGUAUCCCAGUUAGUUAUUUUAGUUAGUUAGCUUCCGAAUCGUUCAUACUCAAGUUUAGAUCGACAAUAGUUUCGAAACAGAUCAAUCGGAUGAUUCGCACCGGAAUCCGUGUACACUGAGUUACUCAGCCAAACUAGUGCUGAAUACGAUUAUUUUUUGUUCUUGGCCAAUACAAGUACAUACAAAAACGUAAUUGGUAAACAUUGCUUUGACAAAAACAUUUAGUUUUCAAGAUAGCGUCGCUCUAGUCAGCACGCAAAAAUAUGAAAAAAUCGCAAUUUUGCGACAAAUUUAAGUACCCUUGUGAGCCUAAAUCUAACACUGCAACUGGUCGAAAAGAUGGUCCUUAACAACUUAGACGCAAACUCAAAACAAAAUUUCCUGAAAAGUAUCUUGUAUGGCAAGCUAUAUGUUCUUGUGGGUUAAAGACAUUCUUAACAGCAGGUUCCAUAAACGGUGAAAUUGGAGUGUCGAUUAUUACCUUUUUUGAUAAAACCAUGAAACUAAAACGUUGGUGAGGCCAUAUUUAGACAGCUGUGCACAAUGGUUAAAUGUCUAUCGCCGGGAAAGUUUGAGCUGUGAUUCACCUGGUCGAUGUGGCUGUUUUUAGCUACUAAUUCGAACAAAGGGAAAAUCUAAACCACAGAGAACAGAUAUAUAGGCUAGGACAAGCUUAUUCGAAAAACCUUUGUAAGCAUUCAAAUGAAAAUACGUUGAAAAUCACCAUCGCAUACAGGUUUGCAUUCAUUAAUCACCAUUGUAUCCAAGUUUGCACGCAACGCCCGUAUAUCGUUUGGUGGCCAACCGUAGCGCCGGCUGGUAGCAAAUUGCUACUUGCUGGUGGCCUUUCAAAACGACAUAAGUUUGACAGCGUUCAAUUCUCCUGAAGCAGCUACUUACUACUGCUCAGGCAAGGUUUCGAGGGAUAUCGAACAUUUACUUAUAACCCUAAUAGCAUUUUGGAAGAAUUUUAAUGUUCCCUAACUUUUGCACAAACAAUGUCGAAAGCGAGAAAAAUCAUAAAUGGCUAUACCUAAAAAGACUAGAAUAUAAAAGACACGACAUGUUCCGUUUAGAAUUCGAAUUCAGCUGUAAGUUUCUACAGCUGAAUUGGAAUUCCUAACGGAACAUGACGCCUCUUUGUUAUUAUUAGACCUGUGCGCCGCCACGCCACGCCGCCGGUAAAUUUUAACAAACGCCGACGCCGAAAGGUAGACCGGCGGCGCGCCGCCUAUGCUUUUUACCCACGCCGACAAUUCGCGAACUCGACAAUCGUUGGCUCAUAAUUUUAACCACAAAUCUAGAAACAUUGUCUAUGGUCCGAAUAUACGACGUUAACUGAUUCAUGAUUAAUCACAUAUUGAUGUUUAUUUGGUAUUAGUGGUUGUGAAUUAGAUCACAAAAUUAACAAAGUCUUGAUAUUUUCUCGCAAAUCAUUACACGACACUCGGAAUACAAUUCAUGGAUCCAUUCUUGCUUCGUCAACUGGUUAUGAUUGCGAGCAUAUAAGUUACAAUUCACCAUUCGUGCGCGUGGAAAUGUCCACAAAUUAAAAAAAAACUUCCACUUUCAAGAUAUAAGUAAUGAAAUUUACGAUAAUUUGCCUGAUCUUAAUCUUUGCACGUAAUCAAUUUCACUGGAAUACAGUGUAUUAUUCAUCGAUUUUUUAACCGAUUCAUGAUUCCUAGUAUGCUAGACACGAUUACCCGUCGAGCUCGUGAAACUGUUCAUGAUAUAGUUCAUGAAGUAAUUAAUUUUCCACAUAAUCUUAAUAUACUUACGAAAACAAUUUCAAGAAACUCAGACUAUUAUUCAUGGAUUAUUCGCUAUGCUCUUUGGUUUUGAAAUUUCUAUGUGAGAUAUUGUGUAUAAAUGCUAGCAACCAGUCUCAUAGGCGCGAGCAUUAGAUACAAGGAAACUACCAGGACCUGUAACCCUGUUAUUCUUUUGCGCUGCGCUAAGCAUCAAAAAUACAUUACAUAGCCACAAUUCAAGUCCGUGAAAUAAUUAAGAAAACUAUAAGACACGUGACUCUGUGUAAAAAAUCCGACGAUAAACUCAAGACUAAAAUAUCACGUUGACACAAAGAGAAUUUACGAAAAUCGUUGCACAUCAUUCAAUUCUUGACUUUUUUAGUCAAUAAAGUUAAUACAAAUCAAUGUAUCAUCAAGUUAUGAACUAGAAUCAUAAAAAUAGUAAGCAUAUUCAGACACAACCACCUACUAAACAUUUGAGUAUAAUGCCAUCUUUUUUGCGUGAACUAGUUUUUUGAAAACACAAAAAUUAUUUUCAAUGCGAGGUUUACUUAUCAUUGAUUGAAUCGUGACCUAUUUUAAAAAAAAAUUCUCGAAGAAUAGUUGGACAGAAUGAUCUUGACUUUUCGCGACGCUGGUGCACUGAUGUGGCGAUGCAGAGGGUAAGAUUUCUGGUCUCAAAAAUUAUUCAUCGUGUGAUCUAGCCCCACUCAAGAAAGAUUUUCAGUCUCAGUUGCAUCAACCCGGUAUCACAGACCAAAAAAGACGUAACACGAGAUGAAUUUUCAUCACUCGUAGAAAAAACGGUCGUUUUAAAUUACAAAAAAUGCGCCAUAUCAGCGAGCGUGGUGUUAGUGAAGAGAUUUUGACACAGAGCUAAAUGCGUUACUUAGUUUCCGCACCCACCCAAAAACGUUACCGUCUUUUUAAUCUCAGGCAAACCAAAACAAACAAAAUGGGCCGGAAAUGUGAAAUUCAUUCUUGUCGAAGUGCCCAAGGCUGGAGUUUUUCACAAUUAUUUCUUAAGUUACAACACGAUGCCGAUCGCCGAGUAAGCACUUAAUAGGAUGUUAGUAAUUUAAUUGAUUCGGUGUAUCGAAUCUGACUAGAUGUAUGCAAUGGAUUCGAAUUUGUUGGUCCCCGGAUCUGCUAGGGCAAUUGGCGGAGUGCAGGUGCUACGAAAACUAGAGAUACGCUCAGACCAUUUUCAAUCAGACUUGUUUAGUAAUCAGUUUCAACCCAACAUCAAGUCGUGGAAUUAUUAUGAAUGAUAGUAACUGUAUAUUUAGGUUUCGUUAUGGUGUAGAUCUGUAUGACUCCAGCACAUCGAGCAUACUUUGCACUCUAGAUAGAAGCAAAUCUUAAGUUGAAAGAAAAUGUGGUGUCACGGAAUCGUAUGCGUUAUUUUGUACUUACAAGAAGUAAAAGUAAAUGCCAACCAGGAAAAUGAAGUAAAAGGUCCUUACAUGACCAUUAAAAGUGACAUUUCUGCGCAGUAAUGCCAUUAAUGCCAUUAGUAACGCCUCGUGUUAGGGUACCCGAUAUCUGUGGGAUUCUUAAAGAGCGACGGUAAAGAAGACUAAAAUGAAACAAAAAACAAUGAAACGACAACAAGAAUUAAUUUCCUCAAACAAAACAAAAAUUAUUUUACCGUUUUAAUUUCCCAAACAUAGAACUAUAAAUAAUUAUUAUGGGUUAUUGAAAUACAGUCGUUACUCUGCAUUCUUUAAAAAGUCCAUUGCAAUCAUUAUUUCAUGCGAAGUCGUAGUAUGCGACAUCGACAAUUUUUCUAUUUCGUUCUUUAAAUUUUGCAACUGUAAAAUAGUCCCGCCAUUCAUUUAUUAUCUUGCAUUUGGCAAGCAGGGUGGGCACUUGUGAUGCAUCAGCGAAAUUAAAUGCAUUUCUUUCCAUCAAAAUAUAAAUUCAUAAUGCAUUUUGCGUUGCAAGUAAGACGUCAAAACCCUACAAAAAACUAGCCCUACAUUCAACAAAACAUCUAACAAAGUGGAUCAGCGUAGGACGAUUGUUAAACAAUCUUUUCUGCGAAGGAGUGCAAAGUUUUUGCAAAAAUGGAAAUUAAAUGCAUUUUUUCUAAUUUGAAGCAAAUUUGUAAUACAUUCUGCCCCUAGGUGGGCACUAUUGGAGCUUCAGUUGAAAAAAAAAAAACUUGAUAUGAUUGCGAGAAUUCCAUUUUGUGCAAUGUGUUCAACAGAUGUCGCUAGUACAUCGUGAGCGAUGAUUUUUUUUUAGAAUUUUCUUCAAGCUGGUAACGUCUGUUUGUAUGUGCUGCGAAGUCUGUUACCAAUUUGGGAAAGGAAUUUUACUGCCAAGAAUUGUUUUUAGUUACAUAGGCGUCAAUAUUCGUCACGCCGACACACGCCGGCGCGCCGCCGCCGAUAGGGUCCAACGGCGUGACGCCGCCAACGCCGCCGCCGCCGGCCAAAUAUGUCGCUUACGCCGCCGCCGAUUAAAAAUGCAUCGGCGCACACCUCUAGUUAUUAUAGUCUCUUUAGCUAUAUCAUGACAAAACAAAACACUCGAUGUUAGAGCAAAGCGCUUGCGCAGCCAACUACGACACUGAUGAAUCGUGCAACACGACCACAUGCUUACCAGAAUUUGACAGUUUGUUUUCAUUGGUAACCAAAAAGCGACAGUUAUUAGUCCGAAACGCUAGCCCAGUUCCUCUCUGUGUGUGUGCAACUAUGUACGAUGUACUUUUCCAACCCCAACCCCCGCCCAUAUUCGUUGUGGUAGAAAACUAUAGAAACAAAAAAAAUAAUAACCUGUAUAAAAACAAGGGAUUGUCCUUACCUUCCCUCAAUCAUCGUCCGGGUUCAACUAAAUCGUCGUUUUUAGAAACCACUCUCCAUUGCUAAGUAAUGCGUGACCCAGAGCUAUGCGGAGGUUAAAAAUCAUAAGCUAUAGAAUUAAAAUGUUUUGUUCUGAGAAUGGUGAGAUUGUGACUAGGUUUCCUCCCCCUCCUCCUCCCAUUACCCAACGCCUAUUGACUAUUAUUACAGUAUCUCUUUAAAAUAAAAGGUAAAACCGAGACUGGAUGUGAGAUAAAUGUUUGAGAAAGAAACCGAUCAAUCUAAGAAUAUUGUAAGGAGAAGACGAGAAAGCAGAAACCAGAGUGAAAGCGUAAGAACAAAGAGACAACAAAAUCGUACACAAAGAGGAUAUAAUAACCUAACGAAAAUAAGAAAAGAAAAUAACAAACACAAGAGAUGCGGAGUAAUUUCAGUAUUUUUGGUUACCGAUCGAGGGCUAUCAGGCACCCUUAAACACAUACAGACACACAAACAAGAAACGAUGCUUUUUUUCCUCAACUUAUUUUCGUUUGUUCAUCAAACUAAAGCAAAUUUAAUCAAAUAAUGCUAACUUUAGGUAAGAGAAUUUGAUUCACGAAACAUUUCUUAUUAAUACUAUCGUUAUGAAGUCACUACAGCGUCUUUCUCAUUAUGAUAAGUUAACAAGCAGAAACAAGCAUGCAAAAAAAACAGAAAAAAAAACAAAGCAAAGAAGCAACCGGCAAAACACGUGCUGAAAGUACCAUUUUUUUAGGGUUAGGUUUCGUUGUCGUGAGCUAUCAAAUGGAAGAUCUUGUACUAUUUUUAAAAAACCUUAUUUAUGGGCCAUUUAUACCUAAGAUUAUACAUUAUUAUCAUUAUUUUGAGCGUGCGGAGCGAUUCGCUUUCGGUUUUUUUUUCCUCGGUCAGUUCGGCACCGAGAAAUGCAGAGUUAAUUUCAGCCGAUUUUUAUCCGUUUCUAAUCUUGUAAGUAAGCAAAUCAAACCAAUAUGCUAAGAACUAAAUAAAAGAGAUCGAUAUCGAGUUAGGGAGGCAAGAUAAGGUGUACCAUUCAUAUACUAUUUGUCCCUAGAAAAUAAUUAUUUUAUACACAUAGACACACAAUCUUAGAUUAUAUACAUAUAUAUAUUCAUAUACAUUUAUUUCUGUUUUGUUAACAUUAUUUUUAUUUAUUUAUUUUUAGAGCAUCAGAAAGCUUAACUAUAAAAAAGAGAUCUAGCAUAAUUUUACACCCCCCUCACAAUGAUAAAUGAAACAAAAGUACACACAAACACACUUUCACACGUAUACACACCUGUAAACAAAAGAUAAACACAUCACUCCGAAGACAGUUGUACAUAAAGGCAAACAAACAAACAAACCGCGAAGCUAAUGGAAAUAUGUAAAAAAAAACUACAAACAAAGAAAAACAAACCUAGCAACAAGAGAUUUUGUAUUCUUUGUUCUUUGCUACCACCGACCCACCUACCCCUUCCCCAACUCUUUCCCCCAUCCUCAACCCCCUCUCCAUAGAGGCAGGGGCAGGUCCCCGCCUACUGCUGGUAGAGGAAUGAGGGUGAAGCCGACCAAAGUGAGCCGGCCGAAAUAACCCUUAAGAUUUCACCUUUGACAACAGCCGAGCGAAUCCAGAAUAAUAACGCGCGAGAGAGAGAAGGUCAACAACGACGACGACAAGCGGAGGCGUCAAAAUUUAGAACAAUUAACCCUAUUCGGUCGUCGAAUCAUUUAACAUCGUUCUCCGUCUCGUCGAGACUCUCUCUCGCUAUACGCUAUUACUAUGAAAUUCGCUCGACAGAGAAAAAAAAAACAUCCCCACGUCAGAAAAGUAGGCCGGAAUUCGGAAAGGUGUUAAAUCUAAACAGCGCAGAUUGUAAUCAAAAUAAAUAAAAAGAAUCUGACAGUCAAAUAGAAGCAAACAGGCAAACUUCAAGGGUUCAAUCGAUGCAGAAGAAAAAUAUAAACAAAAGCAAAAAAGUUUCUCUUAUAUAGCUCUUAGUUAGACCGUAGCGUUUAGUUGUCCCUUUUAACUCCCAACGCAUUGAUUGGUUCGUUUGUUCGUUUUUGGGUUGGAUGUACAUAUCUAUGGGCUUUACUACAUACAUUUAAUUUUUUUUUCGGUUAAAUUGUUUCGUUCUGAUCGUAAUUUGUUUUUUUUAAGCUUGACUAAAAUUUUACUAAAAUAAAUUAAAAUGAAAAAGAAACGCUAAAUACCACUCAAAAAUCAUGUGUAGUAGGACAAAAUAGGCAAACAAAAACAUACAGAUGAUGAUGAUGAUAUAUCCUUCAAAUCCACACAUAUAAAAACACGGAGAGAAAGCAAGAGAAAGAGAGUUAAUAAAAAAAAUCUAUUGGAAGCGAUGAGAAGAUGGACCGGAAAUGGAAACAAAUAUUCAACCGGAUGUAAUUGUAACGAGAUGAGUAAAAGAUUUAGACAUUACACAUAGAGAUGAUCGAUGAUGUGGUGAACACUUGAAUGAUGAUUAUGUUCGACUUGAGGACAUAGUUUUUUUAGUUCUAAGUAAUACAAUAUUAUACAUAUUAUGAAUAUAUACACGGUAUUAGAUAAAGCAAA